AAAUCACAGAGGCAGUACACGUUCUCAGACAAAAUGGGAAACAAAUCCCAAAGUACAGCAGGGAUAUGGAGCAGUGGGAGUGGGAACACGCUCUCUGAUGCUGGCAUUUGGGGACCCUCACUAGUGUGAAAACUUACGCAUGGCUCAACAAUAAAGGCACGCAAUAGAAAAAAUUUUGAGGCUUGGUGGCGGCCAGCGGUCGCCAGGCAGCCCUGGGGAGGCACUCACACCGGCAGCCGGCGCUUUGAGGAUGUAGACUUUCUACACUGGCUAAGGAAGAGUGAAAAAUCUGAAAACAUGCAAACAGGAAAACGAAAUUAAACUAGGCCCGAGGAGCGAUGCGACAGGCAUGAUGGAAGUUGACUGCUCCUUCUUGGACUUCAUCUCCUGCGAUUGGACAGGCCAUCGGAAUGCAGUCCUUGACAGCCAGGGUGACUCGGAGGCCGUGAGUGUGCAGAAGCUAGCUGGAGACACGGGCAGGCUCGCACUCAAGAGGGCACAAGGACAGGCAGAGGGAAAUACCCCAGACAAGGAAGGCAGCAGCCGGCCCUAGAACAGUGAGUAGUUCUGAGCCUACCUAUGGUCCUGGAGGCUGGAAGAGACUUGCUGUAAUACAUCUCCUGGACUGGAGCCCUGGCCAGUCAGGAUGACUGAGAGACUCAUGGAGGCCCCUGUGGCCCAGUCCUCCACUCACACCACAAGCUCCGCUCUUCCCUACCUCCCCACAGCGCCCAGGUACUCUGCGAAGGCACUAUCAUCCUGAGGAGUUAUUUAUUCAGCCUCUAGCUAGGUGAACACCCACCACCGGGGCAGGGAUGUCUGGUCACCAUGCAUCCCCUCUGGACAGACAUCUGUUGGGAAGAUCUUCCUAGUCCCUUUUAAAAGCCUCUUCUACAUUUUUGAAAAACAUAGCAUUUUCAACAGUGAAGGGGAGCAGACAAUCACUUUUUCUGUUUUGUCUUUGAUUUUUGGUUUGUUUUGAAGGCCAUUUUAAGCUCAGUUCUGAUGAUCUAUGCAGCUCUAAGCUCCCUUGCAGAGCCUCAUAGAUCCAGUUUUGGGAAAGGAUUUGGACUCAAAACGAACUGACCAGUUCUUUGCCCUUUGUACCAAGAGGCUGAUACUUAGGCCCAGGAAAUAAAUGCUGGUGAUUUGCAUGACUGGAAAACAAACAAACAAACAAACAAACAUCAUCACCAUCAACAACAAGAAUAACAAAACCCUACCAAUUUUGAGCAAACAGAAGUCAGAAAAUGGGGGCGGAGCAUGGGGGGGUGGAGACUAUUAGAUUUCAUUGUAUACCCAUAGGAGAUCCUCAAAGAAUAAAAACAGAGAAAUCCAGUGUAAGUACAACCCGAAAAAUGCACAAGGGCACUAUUUGUGGGAAUGUUCAUAAAUAGCCCAAGAUUGGAAAAAGUCCAAAUAACUGCCAUCACUUCAAUGGGUAAAAACUUCGCAAAGUCUGAAGACAAUGGGGCAUUGUUUGCAAUGCUUCCCAUGGACAGGUUGAGACUAAAAAUAUGUCAGAAAAAAAAGAAAGAAAUAAAGAAUUCAUGGUGUGCACAGCAGCUUAAAUGAAGUCCACACAUGAGUGAAACUUAACAGUAGGGCCCAUCCCUGGAUGGUGACUGGAGGCUAAGCAACAGGUGGUUGGUAUCCUAGUCAGGAGGGUGGCCUUUUUCAUGGAAAGAGCUAGAACAUGAGAGUUGUUCUGGGGUCCCUGGGGAUAGCGGAAGUCAUUAUGAUGGCUGCAUGGUGUUUGCAACCAUAUGUUAAACAUUAUGUCUUAUGGAGUUUCUAGGGCUAUAUUCCAUAAUAUCCAGGUUAAAUAAUAUAUCAUAGUCGUUUUUUGAAAAAUCAUUUGUUUUCUACAUAAGUCAACAAUUCUUUUAUUAUAUCAUUUUUUAAACUUAUUAUUGACAGUGUUGUACUUGUAUACAACUCACUCCUCGGUCAUAUUAAUACAACCUCUCCCUCCUAUCUACCAGGUACUUCUGAUAUCUCUUCCAUUUCCCAUCCCUUUAUAUCCUCUCUUUAAAGAUAUUAUUUUUGGUAGCCUACAAAGCCCAAUUAGUGUUUGCAAUUGGAAUACAGGCUGAUCCUAGUGUGGUCUUGUUCAAGCCUUCUGUAGAUAAUUACAGUUGUAAUGAAUUCAUGGGUGCAAAGGCCAGGUUAUGGGUCCAGAAGAAACACUUAAAUCCUUCCCUCCCUUCCUGGGAAAUGUUAGUCCCAGUACCUGAUAAACUGGAAGAGUCUGAAAGUUAGGUUUCUUGACUCUUAAAAUGCCAAUUGUGUUGCCAGUUCCAAGAACAGUAACAUACACAAGUGUUCUGUCACCUUACUGUUGGACAGAGAUAUGUGGAGCUCCCAGGAGUCCUAGGAUAGGCUUCCUCUGCCAGGGCUCCCAACUUCAUAAAAUAGACACACCAUUCUAAGCCAGCCACCCAGGCUGGGACCCUGGACUGCAAGGACUCAGGUUCUGUAGGCAUCUGAAGAUGAGUGCCUCGAGAUUUUCUACA